CCUCUUCCUCCUGACCCCAGUUGGAGAUGGUCUCUGAACCUUUAUCCUUCCCGAGUCGGGUUGCUUUGUUCACCAGGAGCAGAACCACACGGUCGUCGGUACCUUGUCUGAGUCGAUCCGAGUCCGUCGGGCCGGCAACAACGCCUCGAUCGAUGGCGAUAAAUAGUAACGGACGGGAUGCAACCACGCGAGAAUCGGUGUGGAUUGAUCGCCCUACGAGUCCUCUGCUCGAUCCAGAUUUUGCUCGAGACGAGAUGGAUUCAUGGUGGCGCGAGGACUUCGUGGCAUUGGAGAAGAAGCUCGUCGAGGCCCUCGGCCGCAAGCAGCAAGGCCAGCAGCCGGUGCCGCUGCCACCUUGCGCGUUCUACGACCUUAACGUGCUCGCCUUCCAUCCCCAGCAACUCUGCGACGAAUACAAGAAUCCCGCGGGGGAUGCUGCGCACGUACGUCUACUUCUUCAGCCCAAGGGAUUUGCCAUCGGACGGCGGAGAGACCAGACCGCCCGGCACUACCGUUACCAUGGACGGUGGCACCUGGAGAUUCUGCGACCGCGGCCUCGUCACGGCCACGGACGGCCGCAUCAUCGGCCACAAGACGACCUUCGACUUGUACAUCAAAGGCUCCGACACGAGGAGCGAGUGGAGCAUGGACGAGUUCAACACCCUAGGGCCUGACGACAUCGACCUCUGCCUGCGACGCGUCUACAGACGCGAUAAUAGAUGGAAGGAUGAGGAGCGCCGGCGGCAAAACUCGCCGUGGCCGGUCAUGAGGGAGAGGCUGCUCUUACAGUUGCGCACUAGUUUUGCAAGUGCACCCGCGCUUCUCGAAAAGAAGGAGCGCGAGCUAGAGGUAGCUUGUUCCAGGUAUUGGAACCAAUAACGUAGUAAUGCUUCCCCUGUAUUGGAUCAA